AUGGGUAUCAAAUGGAAUGGUUCCUACAUCCCGGUAGCCUUCCUGGUUUUGGGCAUAGUCUCCCUCAUAGCCCUGAUCCUCAGCUUGGUGGGUAUACAUAAUGCCACCCUGCCCCCGCAAAAUAAGUACGGACUGGUAUUUGAUGCAGGCUCAUCCCACACCGCUCUGUUUGUCUACCAGUGGCCAGCAGAUAAAGAGAACAACACCGGCAUGGUCAGCCAGACCUUCUCCUGUCAUGUUAACGCAUCUGGGAUCUCAAGUUUUGCCAAGGAUCCACCACGAGCUGGUGACUCCCUCAGGGAUUGCCUUGAUGCAGCCAUGAAAGUGAUUCCUGCAGAGAGGCAGCGGGAGGCACCCACUUACUUGGGAGCCACGGCUGGUAUGAGGCUACUGAGACGAGAAAAUGAGUCUGCAGCAGCACAGAUCCUGGCAGAAGUUGGCAAGACUAUCCAGGAAUAUCCCAUAAACUUCCAGGGGGCUAGAAUCCUUACCGGGAAGGAGGAGGGUGCUUAUGGCUGGAUCACCAUCAACUAUCUGCUAGACUCCUUCACGAAGUAUUCCAUUGAACGUCGGGACUGGAUUCAUCCCUCAUCGGCCAAUAUCCGGGGGGCGCUGGAUCUCGGAGGGGCAUCGACCCAAAUAAGUUUUGUCCCAGCUGACCCAAUCGUGGAGAGUGAUGAAGCAGCUCAGUUCCGACUCUACGGGUUUGAUUACACCAUCUAUACUCACAGCUACCUGUGCUACGGGCAGAACCAAGCACUCCAGCACGCUCUCCGAAUUAUUGUUAACUCAACUAUCUUGGAUCAGUUUGACAACCCCUGCUAUCCUCGGGAUUACUUUGAGAACAUCACAAGGUCAUCCUUCUACAGCAGCCCAUGUGCCGAAGGGCAGAAACCUGCAGUCUCUGGGAAUGUGAGUCUACAUGGCACGGGUAAUGCCAACAGAUGCCGGGAAACCUUCAAGAAGAUCUUCAAUUUCUCAUGCCAUCACAACACGUCCUGUGGAUUCAAUGGGGUCUACCAGCCAAAAGUCAACGGAAAGUUCCUGGCUUUUUCUGCUUAUUACUACACCUUCAGCUUCCUGAACUUGACCGAGGGGCAGCCACUGGAUGAAGUAGAAGUUGCUAUUCAGACAUUUUGUGCCAGAAGUUGGGACGAGUUGAAGUCAAAUUACCCCAACGAGAAAGAGUCUCGUCUGAAGAGCUACUGUGCCAACGCCAAUUACAUCCUCACCCUCCUCAUGGAAGGUUAUGGCUUCAGCAAUCACACCUGGCGCAGUAUUGCCUUCCAGAUGAAGGCUGCCAAUUCAGACAUCGGCUGGACCCUAGGCUAUAUGCUAAACCUCACCAACAUGAUCCCCACGGAAUCCCCCCGUCCACUGAGAGGACACGAAGAGGGGGUUUGGAUAGCGAGCAUUUUCUUCAUUGUUCUGAUGCUGGCGCUGUGCCUCGUUUUUCUGCUUGUCCAUUUUCUAAAGUGACAGGAACUGCCUUCAGACAUUCUGCACCCAGCACUUCAGGAUUUUG